GCUGGUCUUCCAACCACCAACAAACUGAAACUGAAAACAUGCCAAGAAAACUUCUGAAUCUGAAAAUAAGAAGAAACUAAUUUCAUCAAGUUUAAAAUCUUCACCCAGUGGCAGCGCGCUUUAGUCUCUCAAAUUAAAAGGAUUUUAUUUUGUUUAUUAUUAGUAUUAUUAUUCGGCAUCAAAUGGAGCCUAAAUGGGAUAAAGGGCUGGGAGUUGUGUUUGUUUUACUGCAGGUCCUUUGCGGUGGAUCUGUGGAGUCGACGCCAUGUUCCCCUGGCUUUGCUUCUGAUCUUUUCCUCCUCAGAGUUCACAGAGAACACCUGCACAAGGGCUCAAGGAUCGGCACAGUUGUUUUCAAUGACUGUGGUGGAAGAACACAGACCACCUUUGACUCUGCUGAUGCGAGGUUUCAUGUAAACUCUGAUGGCACCGUGGACCUGAAGACACCGGUCACUCUUCAUGAUGGCCAUAAGAUGUUCUCGGUCCAUGCUUGGGACUCCAGGGGAAAGAAACACACUGCAUUUGUGAGAGUGGAACAUCAGGGCCGGGUCGGCCACCAUCAUGGGCAGCAGGAAGAAGAUUGGGCAGUUGAGCCUGUGCAGACUGAAUCCCCCUCAGCUCUCUUAGUUCUGGAGUUUCCAAAAUCAGGUGGGUUACGGAGGAGAAAAAGAGAGUGGGUGAUUCCUCCAAUCUCAAUCGCAGAGAAUUCAAAAGGCCCUUUCCCCUUUAAGGUGGUGCAGAUUAAGUCCAGUUAUGCCAAAGAAACAAGGAUGGUGUACAGUAUCAGUGGUGAAGGAGCAAACCAGCCUCCAUUGGGACUUUUCACAGUAGACAAAACCACUGGAGAGCUUUAUGUGUCAAGGCCUCUAGACAGGGAAGAAAAAGAUAAAUAUGAGCUGCAAGCCCUUGCUAAAUCACCUACUGAUCCGACCAUUGAAGAACCUCCCAUGGAAUUUAUAGUCGUAGUGACGGACCAGAAUGAUAACCAUCCUAUCUUCACCCAAAAUCCAUUCAUCGGGAGUGUACCAGAAGCUUCAAAAAUAGGAUUCGAGUUCAUGACAGUCACUGCCACUGAUGCAGACGAUCCAGACACCUACAACGCUGAUGUCAGGUACUCCAUCAUCAGUCAGAUUCCAACAAAUCCAAGUCCAAACAUGUUUGCGAUCAGCCCGAUCACUGGAGCGAUUCGAGUGAAUGCUGAUGGCCUGGACAGAGAGGCAAAUCCUGAAUAUACUUUGGAGAUUCAAGCAGCAGACAUGCAGGGGGAAGGCCGCCCAGUAAGCGGAAUAGCUAUUAUUACUGUAACAGACAGCUACAACAAUGCACCUCAAUUUCUAAAAAACUUGACGGAGGUGGAGUGGGUGAUUCCUCCAAUCCGAAUCACUGAAAAUGCCAAAGGGCCUUUUCCUUUGGUGAUAGCGCAGAUUAAAUCCAGUUAUGCCAAAGAAACAAAGCUGGUGUACAGCAUCACUGGUGAAGGAUCAGACCGGCCUCCGGUGGGACUUUUCACAAUAGACAGAAACACGGGUGUGCUCUACGUGUCACGGCCUCUAGACAGAGAAAUAAAAGAUAAAUAUGAGCUGCAAGUCCAUGCUCAUUCUGUUACUGAUGACAUUAAAGAACCUGCCAUUAAGGUUAUAGUCGAAGUGCUGGACCAGAAUGAUAACAGUCCUGUCUUCACCCAAAAUCCAUUCAUUGGCAGCGUACCAGAAGCUUCAAAAAUAGGAUAUGAGUUCUUGACCAUCACAGCCACUGAUGCCGACAAUCCGAACACUGACAACGCUGAUAUCAGGUACUCCAUCAUCAGUCAGAUUCCAGCAGAGCCACAUCCAAACAUAUUUGAGAUCAACCCUGUCAGUGGAGUGAUUCGAGUGAAUGCUGAUGGACUGGACAGAGAGAAAUAUCCUGAAUACACUCUGGAGAUUCAAGCAUCAGAUAUGCAGGGAUUCGGUCUCCGAGUCACAGGAAAAGCUACUAUUACUGUAACAGACAGCAGUGACAAGUCCCCGGCAAAUCCUGAAUAUACUUUGGAGAUUCAAGCAGCAGACUUGCAGGGGGAAGGCCGCCCAACGGAGGUGGAGUGGGUGAUUCCUCCAAUCCGAAUCACUGAAAAUGCCAAAGGGCCUUUUCCUUUGAUGAUAGCGCAGAUUAAAUCCAGUUAUGCCAAAGAAACAAAGCUGGUGUACAGCAUCACUGGUGAAGGAUCAGACCGGCCUCCGGUGGGACUUUUCACAAUAGACAGAAACACGGGUGUGCUCUACGUGUCACGGCCUCUAGACAGAGAAAUAAAAGAUAAAUAUGAGCUGCAAGUCCAUGCUCAUUCUGUUACUGAUGACAUUAAAAAACCUGCCAUUAAGGUUAUAGUCGAAGUGCUGGACCAGAAUGAUAACAGUCCUGUCUUCACCCAAAAUCCAUUCAUUGGCAGCGUACCAGAAGCUUCAAAAAUAGGAUAUGAGUUCUUGACCAUCACAGCCACUGAUGCCGACAAUCCGAACACUGACAACGCUGAUAUCAGGUACUCCAUCGUCAGUCAGAUUCCAGCAGAGCCACAUCCAAACAUAUUUGAGAUCAACCCUGUCAGUGGAGUGAUUCGAGUGAAUGCUGAUGGACUGGACAGAGAGAAAUAUCCUGAAUACACUCUGGAGAUUCAAGCAUCAGAUAUGCAGGGAUUCGGUCUCCGAGUCACAGGAAAAGCUACUAUUACUGUAACAGACCGCAAUGACGAGUCCCCGGCAAAUCCUGAAUAUAAUUUGGAGAUUCAAGCAGCAGAUAUGCAGGGGGAAGGCCGCCCAGUAAGCGGAAAAGCUAUAAUUACUGUAACAGACAGCAACGACAAUGCACCUCAAUUUCUGAAAAAUUUGUACAAUGUGUCUGUCCCAGAGGAUAAAGUGGGAGCUGUGGUGGUGAAAAUGUCAGUGACUGACAAUGAUGAACCACAGUCAUCUGCCUGGGCAGCAAAGUUUAAGAUUGUUAGUGGAAACAGUGGUGGACUUUUCAACAUUAGCACAGGACCAAACAAACAGGAGGGCAUCAUUACUACUGUGAAGCCAUUGGACUUUGAGAACAACAACAAAUACACACUGCUAGUAGCUGUGGAAAACGAGGUUCCAUUUGCUAAACCCUUGCCUACUUCUACUGCCACGGUCAUUGUAAAUGUUAUCGACGUGGACGAGGCUCCAGUGUUCGACCCAGUGGAGAAGUUCAUUUCCAAACCGGAAGAUGCUGCGAUUGAUAGUGAACUGACCGUGUACACUGCCACUGAUCCGGACACUGGGAAGUCCCAGAAAAUGACGUAUCGUAUAGGCAGUGAUCCUGCUGGCUGGCUUCAGAUUGUAAACCCUGACAUUGGACGAAUCACAGUCAAGAGUCCUUUGGACAGAGAAUCUCCUUAUGUGAAAGAUGGCAAAUACAGAGCCCUAAUCCUAGCUGUGAAUAAUGAUGACCUUCCAGCAACUGGUACUGGUACCCUUGUAAUUGAGUUGCAGGAUGUGAAUGAUAAUGCUCCAAUAAUUGAAGACCGGGCCUUCACAAUAUGUAAUAAGAAUUCAUCUCCACUGGUCCUGUCUGUGACUGAUAAGGAUGGGCCUGGCUUUGGUGCUCCUUUUAGUGUGUUGCUGCAAGGAGAUGGCAAGAACAAUUGGACUGCUAAGAUGAACGAUACAAAAACAGGGAUUAUAUUGACACUUAAGACUCCACUCCAGCGGGGAGAGUACAGUAUUUAUCUGAGGGUGUUCGACAACAACCACCACUCGCAAGACAACAUUGUCCUGGCCAGUGUAUGGGAAUGCACAGGAAAUGGGGUAUGACCUGAAGAGGGCUGUUCAUGCAGAAAUGCUAGCAAUAUUAAUAACUGAAACCUGAACUGAAACUGAAAAUAAAUAAAUAAAUAGAGGAGGUUCUACCAGUAAUUAAAUAUAAUGAUUCCUGUAUUUUUUCCUGCCUAGACAGUAAAUGAUUAUUAAUCAGUGUAUUCAAUAAAGAAAGGUGCAAUUGUUUGUGUAUUAACUUAGGUAUAAUGUGUUUGUCUUUUACUGUGAUCAAUGAAUAUCACUGUAUAUAUUAUAAGUAAUUAAUGCAGAAAUCCAAGUCAUUCCAAAGGGCUCAGAAACAUUUCUUGCAAACAUACCCACACAUUCACAAAGGAUGCCUGGGAUACCCACACAUUCAUCAUAUAUACCUGGACUGUGUCUGAAUAUUUUUUAAAAUCUUGAAUGUGGAUGAAACAGAGGUAUGUAAUGGAAUAUUUAAUGGAAGUCUUUUAAUAAUUUUAAUAAUUCCAGAAGUUUGACCACAAUCUUAAUCAUGACUGAUUCAGCAACCCCUGCAACAUCUAGAAGAGACUCUUCAUAUAUCAGAUUUCUUCUGUGUUUGGUGAGUUGGUUUGUGAUGUUUUGUUCUAGCUUGUCUGUUUUUCUUUUCUCCGUCAUGCAUGCUGAAACAUGCUGUGAAUGAAUUUGUGUUAGUAGUCAUGAAGUCACUGCCUUCAUAUCUGUAACCCUUUUCAGGAAAAAGACCCAUUUUAACACAUUUUACAUUUGGAUAUUUUAAAGUUGUUUUUACAUUUAUUCAAGUGGAACGGUGUCUUUCAGUGCAGUUGCGAUGCCCAUGUAUCUCAUGCCUUCUCCCCCUUUUUGUCCUCAUGAAGACAAAUCAGUUGUUUAUCUCAGCUGUUUGCUGUUUUAAGUGUUACUCUAGUAAGUUCAGGCAUAUAUGGUUUUGCUGUGAUACAUUUGUUUGAGUGUGCCUUUCAAAAAGUUUUGAAAUGUCUGGACAAACAGACAUUUUUAAGGAUUGUUUGUUUGUCUGUUGAAACAAAUCCUUUCAUGCAUGGAGUCAAUUCAGUGAGAACGUAACCACAAGAUGGCAGCAAUUUACUUUCUCUUGAAAGUCAGAAUCGUGUUCUCAACAUGUAAAUAAAUAAUUAAACCAAUGCUCAGUGAUAAACUUCAAUAAAUGCCAAUAAAAAGUGUAAUGUUA